AGCUUUUUGGAAAUUAGUCAACAACUUCAGAAAUGGCCUGAAGUCAAAAGAAAAAAACGAAGAUCAGUUGUAAACGAAGAAGCUGAGAGGAAAGGAGAUUUUUAGAGGGACAGAAAAGGAGGGGCGAUGUUGCUUGCAGUUCUCAUCUCGAAUUCUGUGGGCAAUAUCCUUGUGGAAAGAUUCAAUGGAGUUCCAGCUGAGGAGCGAUUGCACUGGCGAUCUUUCCUGGUGAAACUGGGAGCCGACAAUCUCAAACACGCCAAGAACGAAGAGCUCUUUGUCGCUUCCCACAAGUCGGUUUAUAUCGUCUAUACGGUGCUUGGAGAUAUCUGCCUGUAUGUUGUUGGCAAGGAUGAGUACGAUGAACUAGCUUUGGCUGAAGCCAUCUUUGUGAUAACGGGGUCGAUCAAGGAUAUCUGCAAGAAGCCACCAACAGAACGUACUUUCCUGGACAAGUAUGGAAAGAUAUGUCUAACUCUGGACGAAAUCGUCUGGAAGGUAUGUAUUACUUUUCUCUGCUUUCUUGUUCUCUUGACACUGCGAAAUUGAUGUUAGAACUGCUAAGGGAGGUGAAGGUAGUCUAUGGUUUGUCCUAGCAGCAGUGUUUAUAGCAACUUUCACAAGUAUCCUAGAUAAUCCUAUAGGCUGUAGAAGGACAAUGGUGGUGGAUCAUUUGAUAAUUAGAGAGCAACUUCUUCACUCUACUUCAGGGUAUCUUGGAGAACACGGAUAAAGAAAGGAUCAAAAGGCUGGUGAGAUUGAAGCCUCCCACAGAAUUCUGAACUGUGGACGUUGGAGUCUCAAACUUCGUCAACAUAUAUAGGGCUUGUGAAUCAGUUUCCUGGUUCUGAUGUGAAACGUACUACAGAUGUUGUAUUCUUGGAUUUGUCUCCAGUUUCUGUGGCUCAGUUGCUGUGACUGUGAUCGAUGAAUUUUUUACUUCACGGAUCAUUAGAUGCAUAUGGAUGCUUAAUAUGUCCAGUCAAAUUGUGAAGCUGAAGUUUGAAAAAGAAUGGAGGAAUUCAAAUUCUGUUUGUUUGAAUUUCUCUAUUGUUCUUCUCAGUAAUCUUCUG